AUGGAUAAAGGCUUGGUGGAAGGAAUGUCCAUAUGGGGCGGAUCAGUUUGCUCGGGGAUUCACCAAAAUAGAUAUACAGGAGAAGAUGGGUCUUUCCAAUCGGGUUGUGCCGGCAUUGGUGGUAUUUUGAGGAAUGGGGCGGGGGAUGUGCUUGGCAAAUUUGCUAGAAAAGUAGAAGCUCAGAGAGCAGAUGAGGCGGAGGUAUUGGCUAUCCUGUAUUCUCUCUUGUUUUGUCAACAAUUCAUGGUGUCCUUUGUGGAGGUUGAAAGUGAUUCUACACUAGCGGUGGGCUGGGUAAAAGGUGAAAAGAUGAGACCAUGGAAGCUCACAAAUGAGUUGAAUAUGAUUGAUUAUUUGAUGCCGCUUGUGACUUGUCCUGGGGUUAAAGAUUGGCAUAUGGUGUUGGGAAGCUAUUUCCAUGUUUUAUUGGUGCUGGCACUGCUGAUGUUUUGCCGUUGCUGUCAUUUCUGGUGCUGUUAUGUGUUGCUGAUUGAUGUUGCUGGCUUUUUUGUUGCUGUUGUUGCUGAAAUGAUUACGCUGGUGUUUGCUGUUGCUGUUUUUUCUGCUUGUUGCUGGAGCUGCUGGUUGCUAACGCUGGUGUUUGCUGUUGCUGUUUUUACUGCCUUUCCUGGAGCUGCUGUUGCUGUACGAAAAUACACCGUGUUUGAUGUUUCGCAAUUUGGAUUUGCUGAUCGGGGAUUUGUGUCAAUCAAAUGCCUGAAACUCAUUGAUGCUGAACUGACAAGAAUGCGAGCCUGCGGCGGCAGAUGCGAUUGCUUAAUGAGAGAGACUCAUGGACUACCUUGCGGUUGUCAACUUGCAGAUUAUGAGAGGAUUCUGUACGAGGCCAUUCAUCCAUUCUGGAAGAGCCUAAGUUGGGAGCAUGUACCUGUUGCAGAUACUGGCAGCUCAGAUAUUUGCGGACUAAACCAUGGAGAGAUGCACCCAGAAGUUGAGGCACUGACACGUUAUUUCCAUUCUUUGGAUACUGGAGGGCAGAGUAUGGUAAGGAGGAAGCUUCAAGCGAUAUAUUGUCCUGAAAGGAGUACACUAUGUACUCCUGAGCUUCGGAUAAAGUCCAACCGCACUCCUAAGUUGAAGGAGAGCAAACAACCCAAGGGUCGAGCAAUAGGAUCCUUGACUCGUGAUCCUUCAGCGUUUGAACUUACUGACAAGAAGAUUAAAGAGGAAAAGAAGUCUUCACAACCAGCAAAGAGGAAGAAGCGUGUGAAGAAGUCUGAUACAAGCCAUUUCAUGUGUAACUUUCCAGCCUUUCUCCAUCCAUAUAUUGGCACAAUUACAGAUGUUGAGGAUGAUGGUAACUGUGGCUAUAGAUCCAUUGCUGCAUUAAUGGGGCAUUCCGCCGGUCAGGACGGUUGGCCUUGGGUUAGGGCUACAUUGAUACAAGAACUUGAGACCAAUGUGUUAAUGUAUAAUAGGAUGUGGGGCACAGAUGUUGUUAAUGGCUUACAUAAUCGUCUCACUCUUCCUAUUGGUGACCCGGCCACCCCUGACAAAUGGUUUCAACUGCCAGAGAUGGGAUACCUUGUUGCCACAAAGUACCAAUUGGUUCUCGUAUCCUUAUCCUCUAUGGGUUGUAACACAUACUUUCCACUGAUAGGAGCCGGCCCACGAGAUGAGCAUUCUGUUAUAGCUAUUGGACAUGUGAUAAAUCACUGGGUACAGCUCCAAUUAACUCCUGGACAUCCUAUGCCGACUAUUGCUCCCCAGUGGGAUUGGCACGCUGAUCUUGCCUCCAAAUACUGGCGCAACCUAUAUGGUCCACGUUUAGGCAUGUAUGAUGCACAAUUCCAAGCUUGGCUUGGUGCUUUUAGUGGUCAUGCGGACUAUGUGGACAUCACCACAGAUUGAAUGUUCUUGUAUUGUGUAAUAUUAAUUUGUAAACUCUCUGUAAUUUGGUAGAAUGUGGCCCUUAUCACAGGUUGUUGUUAAUGAUGAAAACCUAGACAUCAUUGUAGAUUGGCAGGUUCAUGCGUGUACUUUUGGUAAUGUUAAUUUGAUGUACUUUUGGUAAUGUUAA